AUCAACAGCUAGCAAAUUAAAGAUACAUUUAAUUUGAAUUGUUUCAUAAGAGAUACUUUACUUUCUAGUAGCAAUGGCUCUCAAGUCAUUUGUAAUAUCCAUUGCCAUUAUGGCUGUGUUAUCUUCAAUAAGUCAUGCAUUUGAUCCCAGUCCUCUCCAAGAUAUCUGUGUUGCGGUUGAUGACUCCAAGGCUGCUGUUUUUGUGAAUGGAAAAAUUUGCAAGGAUCCAAUGAAGGUUGUGGCAGAUGAUUUCUUUUUCUCUGGUAUAAACAUGCCUCGAAACACUUCAAAUCCAGUUGGAUCAGCUGUAACUAAUGUGAAUGUCAACAAUUUACCUGGACUCAACACUCUAGGCAUUUCGUUAGCACGUAUUGAUUAUGCACCACAUGGUCUCAACCCACCUCAUACUCACCCCCGAGGAACCGAGCUUAUUACUGUCCUUGAAGGCACACUCUAUGUUGGCUUUGUCCUUUCGAACCCCGGCCCAAAUAUGAAGAAUAGACUCUUUACCAAGAUUCUAAAGGCCGGAGAUGUGUUCGUUUUCCCAUUUGGUCUCAUUCAUUUUCAAUUGAAUAUUGGAAAGACUAAAGCUGUUGCAAUGUCUGGACUGAGUAGUCAAAAUGCAGGUGUUAUCACUGUAGCCAAUGCAGUAUUUGGCUCCGAACCACCAAUCAAUCCUUAUGUUCUCACAAAAGCGUUUCAAGUUGACAAGAAAGUUGUGGAUUAUCUCCAAUCACAAUUCUGGUGGGACAACAACUAAAAAGAUAUUUCAAAAUCUAUUGAUCUACAAAUAUUUAUGUACUAUUUGCUUGUGUUGUAUAAAUAAGUAAUCUUGCCGAUGGCGGGAUUUCCUCUCCAUUUUAGUGUGAUGCAUUGGAUGAGGAUAUAUUAUGGCUUAUUAUGGAAUAAAAUUAAGUUUGUUGUGUGUGA